AUGCGCGGCGAGGUUUGCCACAUCCACAUUGGCCAGGCUGGUACUCAGCUUGGUAACAGUGCUUGGGAGCUGUAUCUUCUGGAGCAUGGCCUCAAGGCAGAUGGUCAUUUUGCAUCCAAGGAAGCCGAGGAAAUCAACCAGGGUGGCUCCUUUCAAACCUUCUUCACCGAAACCAGUGGCGGAAAAUACGUUCCUCGCUCCAUCUUCGUGGAUCUUGACCCAUCGCCAAUCGAUGAGAUCCGCACUGGUGACUACCGUCAGCUCUUCCAUCCCGAAUUGCUGAUUAGCGGCAAGGAGGAUGCUGCCAACAACUAUGCCCGUGGCCACUACACCAUUGGAAAGGAACUCGUCGACAAUGUGAUCGACCGCAUCCGCCGUGUUGCUGAUAACUGCUCUUCUCUCCAGGGCUUCCUCGUCUUCCACUCUUUUGGUGGUGGUACCGGCUCCGGCUUCGGUGCUCUGCUACUGGAGCGUCUUUCUACCGAUUAUGGCAAGAAGUCCAAGCUGGAGUUCGCCAUCUACCCAUCCCCUCGAGUGUCAACUGCGGUUGUCGAGCCAUAUAACGCUGUUUUGUCCACCCACAGCACCAUUGAGAACUCCGACUGCACUUUCCUGGUGGACAACGAAGCCGUCUAUGACAUCUGCCGCCGCAACCUGGAUAUUCCCCGCCCCGGCUAUGACCAUCUGAAUCGCCUGAUCGCCCAGGUCGUCAGUUCCAUUACCUCCAGUCUGCGAUUCGACGGCGCCCUCAAUGUCGACUUGGCCGAGUUCCAGACCAACCUGGUGCCGUUCCCUCGGAUCCACUACCCCCUGAUUUCAUAUGCGCCUGUGGUUGGAUCUAGCCGCAGCUCUCAUGAGAGUUUCAGAGUGCAGGACCUUACUUUCCAGUGUUUCGAACCCAACAACCAGAUGGUGGUUUGCGACCCUCGCAACGGCAAGUACAUGGCUGUGGCUCUGUUGUACCGUGGCGAUGUGGUGCCUCGUGACUGUAACCUGGCUAUCGCUUCUCUCAAGGCCAAGGCUUCGUUUAACCUGGUUGAGUGGUGCCCUACAGGGUUCAAGCUGGGCAUCAACUACCAGAAGCCUGUGCGUGUCCCUGGCAGUGAGCUCGCUCCUGUCGACCGCUCCGUUAGCAUGUUGUCAAACACCACUUCCAUUGCCGAGGCCUGGAGCCGCCUGGACCACAAGUUUGACCUUAUGUACUCUAAGCGUGCUUUCGUGCACUGGUAUGUGGGUGAAGGUAUGGAAGAGGGUGAGUUCUCGGAGGCUCGUGAGGAUCUGGCUGCUCUGGAGAAGGACUACGAAGAAGUGGCCAACGACAGUUUGGAGGUUGAGCCGGAGGAAGUGGAGUACUGA